AAGUCUCAAAACCACAUGUUAUAGAGUUUACCUACUAAUUUUUGCAAUAAUGGAGAAAGCCUUCACAUUUUUUCUCUCAACACUCUUCUUGCUUAUGGCUAGUUCAGUCAUGACCCAAACCAACAUUACUACAGAUCAAUUAGCUCUUCUAUCUUUAAAAUCCCAAAUCAUUUCCGACUCUUGGAUGAAAGUUGGUCUCCCGCUACGUCCGUUUGUCAUUGGGUUGGAGUCACUUGUGGCUCCCGCCACCAGCGAGUGAAGUCCUUGAGUCUUUCUAACAGGGCUCUUACAGGCACGAUUCCCCGGGAAUUUGGAAACCUCUCAUUUCUUGUUUCUCUUGACUUGGGAAGCAACAAUUUCCAUGGGAAUUUACCUCAAGAAAUGGCACGCUUGCAUCGGCUUAAGUAUCUUAGGUUAAGUGUCAACAACUUCAGCGGAAAGGUUCCUUCUUGGUUUGGAUUUUUACACCAACUUCAAUUUCUAAGUCUUAAGAAUAAUUGUUUCACUGGUUCCAUCCCUUGUUCAUUUUCUAAUAUUUCCAAACUUGAGACUUUGAAUCUGAAUUUCAAUUUGAUAGAGGGACAAAUACCAAAAGUGAUUGGAAGUCUUAUAAACCUUAGAGAAUUAAACAUGAGGGGUAACAAGCUCAUAGGUUCUAUUCCUCUGUCACUCUCGAAUGCCUCAAGGUUGGAGACUUUGGAGAUAUCUCAUAAUUCACUUCAAGGAAACAUUCCAGAAGGGAUCGGCAAUCUUCACAACAUGAAAGUGCUAUCCGUACAAUAUAAUCAACUUACGGGUUCUAUACCAUUCACAGUUUUCAAUAUUUCUAGAAUUGAAAAUAUAGCAUUUACAAUGAAUAGCUUAUCAGGAAGUCUUCCCAAUGGCUUAUGCAAUGCUCUCCCAAUACUCAAAGGGCUUUAUUUAUCGAGAAACAAGCUUCAUGGUCAUAUUCCUACAAGCUUAUCAAAUUGUUCACAACUUCAACUAUUGUAUUUAUCGGUAAAUGACUUAACAGGUGAAAUACCCAAAGAGAUAAGCAAUCUCAAUGAGUUGGAGGUACUUAAUCUUGCAUUUAAUAGGUUUUGUGGUUCACUUGAUAUGGAGAUCUUCAACAUAUCAGGGCUGAAAAUAAUUGAUCUUUCAUUCAACAAUCUAUCAGGAAGCCUCCCACCAAACAUAGGUUCUAUCUUACCCAACAUUGAAGAGCUUUACGUGAUGAACUUCACCAAUCUUAUUGGGACUAUUCCUCAUUCCAUCUCCAAUUGUUCCAAACUUACUAUUCUAGAGCUUUCUCACAACCAACUCACUGGCUUGAUUCCCUAUUCUCUUGGAUAUUUGACUCAUCUACAGUAUUUAAAUUUAGGGGGAAACAAUUUAACCAGCGACUCAUCAUUAAGCUUCCUGACUUCCUUAACCAAUUGCAGAAAUUUAACAGUUCUUUAUAUAUUUUUAAACCCACUAAAUGGCAUGCUUCCAGCCUCCACGGGGAACCUUUCCACCUCUCUUAGAAAAUUUUACGCCGUCAGUUGCAAAAUCAAUGGGCGAAUUCCAAAUGAAGUUGGGAACUUAAGCAGCUUAUUAGACCUUCAUCUUUCUGGAAACAACUUAGCUGGAUCAAUUCCCAAAACAAUUGGCAACUUGAGAAACCUUCAGCGCUUCAACUUGAGUAACAACAAACUUACAGGAUUUGUUGGUGAUCAUAUAUGUAAAUUGCAGCAUCUGGGUGCUAUUUACUUGGGUCAAAAUCAACUUUCAGGAUCUCUUCCGAAUUGUUUGGGAAAUGUUACUUCCCUUAAAGAGAUAUAUCUGGAUUCCAAUAAAUUGAGUUCCAAUAUACCAUCAAGCUUAUGGAAUCUUAAGGAUCUAAUGUUCCUUGACUAAUCGUCAAACAACAUGGUUGGUUCUUUACCUCCAGAAAUAGGAAAAUUAAAGGCUGUGACACUGAUAGAUCUGUCAAUGAAUCAAUUCUCAGAUGGAAUUCCUAGAGAAAUUGGAGGAUUGCAAACACUGGUGCAGCUUUCUUUGAGACACAACAAUUUGCAAGGAGCUAUACCCGACUCAAUGAGCAACAUGGUAGGUUUGGAAUUCCUAGACCUUUCUCAUAAUAAUAUAUUUGGAAACAUUCCUAAGUCUUUGGAGAAGCUUCAAAAUUUGAAGUAUUUCAAUAUUUCUGUCAACAAAUUGUAUGGUGAAAUACCCUCGGGAGGUCCUUUCAAGAACCUCUCGAGUCAGUUUUUCAUCUACAAUGAAGCAUUGUGUGGUUCUUCAAGAUUUAGUGUCCCGCCAUGCCCCACUUCAUCAAAGCAUAGAUCAAAUAGGAAAAAAUUGCUAGUUCUUUUUCUUUUGCUGGGAAUUGCACUAGUAGUUGUUCCUAGCACCUUUAUUGUUUUAUGGAUAAGGUAUAGAAAAGGUAAAAGAGCUCCUCAACAAGCUGAUUCAUUGUUUGCCAUAACAAGAGAAAGAAUUUCAUACUAUGAAUUGAUCCAAGCAACUGAUGCGCUUAGCGAGAGUAAUCUGAUUGGUUCUGGAAGUUUUGGCUCUGUUUACAAAGGUGUUCUCAGAAGUGGAACUGCCAUUGCAGUUAAAGUGUUCAACCUGCAACUGGAUGCGGCAUUCAAGAGUUUUGAUACGGAAUGUGAAGUUUUGUGCAGCCUUCGCCAUAGGAAUCUCGUUAAAGUCAUUACUAGUUGUUCCAAUCUUGAUUUCAAGGCUUUAGUGCUUGAGUAUAUGCCUAAUGGAAGUCUUGAGAAGUAUUUGUAUUCGCACAACUACUUCCUUGACACCAAGCAGAGACUUAGCAUAAUGAUAGAUGUGGCAUGUGCUUUGGAAUAUCUUCACCAUGGGUGCUCGUUGCCUGUGAUUCACUGUGACCUGAAGCCGACUAAUGUCUUGCUGGAUGAGGAUAUGGUUGCUCACCUCAGCGACUUUGGCAUUUCAAAACUGUUGGAUGAAGAUCAAGGUGAUUUGUACACUAAAACCUUAGCAACAUUGGGGUAUAUUGCGCCAGAGUAUGGACUGGAAGGACGAGUGUCAACAAAGUGUGAUGUCUAUAGUUAUGGGGUCAUGUUGCUGGAAACAUUUACUAGGAGAAAGCCUAAUGAGUAUGAGGGUGACCUUAGCUUGAAGCAAUGGGUGAGUUAUUCACUCCCAGAGUCACUAAUGGACGUCGUAGAUGCCAACUUGGUAACAACAACUGGUAAUCGCUUACAGAAGGAGUUAGAUAUUGUGGCAUCAAUCAUGAAAGUUGCAUUAGAUUGUUGUGCUGAAUCUCCGGCAAGAAGGACUAACAUGAAAGAUGUUGUAGGGAUGCUACAGAAGAUCAAGAUUCAACUUCUUGCAUAUUGAACAAGUUUUUGGAAUCUGUUGUUCCAACUCACUUGUUUGUUUCAACUUUUUCUAAAUUGUUGUAUUCAUGUAAAGAUUGUUGUUUUGUAUUGUUUUGUUUUAGCAAUUGAUUUGUGCAUGAUUCUGUUUUCA